AUGGUGCCCUUCUUCAAGGGUAUGGAUGGUGACUUGCGAAGGACUCACUCGACGAAGAGUCGCCUCCAUCUCAUCGAUGAAGAGACAGGACGCUCAAGGUCCUCGUUGUGGUUUCGUCGACACAAUAAGACCAAGGCUCUUGAACUCUGGAACCCGACUGCAGAUGCCGUUGUUCCAUACAAUCGCGUGCCGCAGCUCUCGCCUUAUAUUCCCGCUCCAAGACCUUUAUCGCCUUUAUCGCCUCCUCGGCCGCAGACGCCGCUCGGCAAGCAGGCUAGCUCCGCGCACAGAAAGCUCGGGCGUGCUUUCGCCAUCGUGCGCAUCACCACAAGCUUUGCUUCCGCAAUCGUUCAUCCCUUCCAGGAAGGCACCCAGCCCACCAACAAAGAUCUACAGCCCCAGACCAACUUCCUCAAGCUCAUGCUACUCCAGUCGCACCCCAACGCCGGCUUUGACUACGCCAUAUGCGGAACGCUUCUCGCUAUUCCCGGCUCAAAGCUCCUCCUCCGUCUCACCGCAGCCACAGUACAGCCCAUCUCGGGUGCCACCAAUUCGAGCAAUGCGAUCGCAAACGAUAUCCACGGGCGUGAAGUCUCCUGGUCCGCCAGUCCUGAAGAGUCCCUCUGGUCCAGGGGCGCUGAUAACACGGUCGUCCAGCCGUGCGCAGCCUCGGAAGUUCAGUACCACAACGCAUCUUCAGACGCCACCGCUGAUGACUACAUAUGA